GACUGUACAGCCUAUCUAUCCGGUCACUUGCAGCUUUUAUACUCGCAGUAAGACAGACUCGAGUUGCGAGGUUUAAGACCCACAUUAUAUUCAUCAACACGACCGUCACUGAACUGAUGAUGAUGAUGAUGAUGAUGAUGAUGUGGCUUUGUUUGUCUCUCCUCGCGCCUGUGCGCCACGUUUUGCACACGAAUCUCGUUUUAGCAAGCAGGUCAAAAGUGUUAGGACUACAUCUCGAUAUGACCAGCGGCGAUGGCUGCUGUAACACAGAGGUCUAAUUACCGGACUUUGUGCUGGUGCAGGCUACACGUGAGUCGGAAGCUGUUCCCCACCGACGGCGCGCGUGCGCUCUAACCACCGCACCGACGGCUUUGCAAAGUGGCAGCUCAGGGAACUAUAGACAUCAGUCUAAAGCGCAGCUCCAGUGGAGGACACGCACUGUGCACCAUCUCCCUCAGACGUCCGUGGGUGGGUCGUGGAAGUAACAACCGUUCCCCAAAGAAGCUCGAGAGCGGAGAACCAGCAGCAGCAGAGAAGAGAUGGAUGAAAGAAUACCGCAUUUACAGGACAGACAGUUCAUGGAGCACGCAGAUUUCUUAGGGGUGGAUUACUCCUCUCUCUACAUGUGCAAAUCCAAAAGAGGAAUAAAACGAGAGGAUGGUGGGAAGCAGGACGCAUAUAAGUUACCACACCGGUUGAUAGAGAAGAAGAGGAGAGACCGAAUCAACGAAUGUAUUGGCCAGCUAAAGGAUCUGUUACCCGAACAUCUCAAGCUGUCGACUCUCGGGCAUUUGGAGAAAGCAGUUGUCCUGGAGUUGACGUUGAAACAUUUGAACGCACUGACUGCUGUCACUGAGCAGCAGCACCAGAAGAUCAUUGCUUUGCAGAAUGGGGACCGGUCGAUGAAAUCUUCCAUUCACACAGAUCUGGAUGUUUUCCACUCCGGGUUCCAGGCCUGUGCCAAAGAGGUCCUGCAGUAUCUGAGUCAGUUUGAGAACUGGACGACACGAGAGCAGAGGUGCGCGCAGCUCAUCAACCACCUUCACAAGGUGCUGGCGCAGCUCCAGCCCGGCGAGCCGCAGCUCCAGCAUCAGCUACCCGCCGGGGACUCACAGGACGUGCAGAAAGCCGACAGCCAAGCUAAUUGUGUCCCGGUCAUCCAGAGGACCCAAGGCGGGGAGCUCAACGAGAAUGACACCGACACGGACAGUGGAUACGGGGGCGAAGCCGAAAAGAACGAUGCCAAAGAUAAAGAAUGUGAGCACAAUAAGGCGCAGGAGCCGAAGGCAGUGAAGAUAAAGCAAGAGUUUGGAGACGACCGCGCUGCCAAAAAACCCAAGAUGAACUGGCCUGGGAACGGGGGCACAGACCCCACGAGGCCCGAUCUGGCGUUUAUGAACUCUCUGAUGGGAAUAAGCGGUGUGGGACAGCAGACACCCAUUUGCAUGCCUUUCUACUUCAUCAACCCCUCGGCCGCGGCGACUUAUAUGCCUUUUUUCGACAAAAGCAACAUUGAAAAGUAUAUGUACCCAGCAGCGGCGGCCGCUUUGGCAUCCCCUUUCCCCUGGCUGUACCCAGCACACGCGUCAGCAGCGGCGGCCGCGGCUGCUGCUGCCGCCGCUUUCCCCGGCUUGUCUGUGCACGUUGGAGCCUCUUCUGAGUCCAAGGACUUCCACAGUCCAGACAGCGACGAGUCACACGAGACUGAGUUGGGUUCACCGGAGGAGCGCGAGGAUAGUCCCGCGAGUGACUACGGGGAGGAUGACAUAGGCGAAACGUCCCAAGAGAGCAAGAACAGUCCUCGUGCUGCUCAGUUUUCUGCUUGUCAAACGAACUAAUUUCUUUCUCCGUGUUACCUCUCCGUGUGCAUUCUGCGGAGGAGUUUAUGUAUUUCCCUUUUUAGGCUACAACACGAGGUUUCUCGAAAGAGUUUCUCAUAUACAACAUAUUGGCUAAACAGGAGACAGUUGUGACUGAGUGUGCCUUUUGCACUGAUGCUAGAUUAGUCAAACUAAAUGAUUAUCGACAAUGAUUGAAACAAAUACACGGCUGUAUUGUGCUGGAGUUAGUUUUGUAUCCUCUUUGAUAAAAUAUUUUGAAGUGGCAGCAUUGGUGCCAAACCUUUGAGUACUACAACAGUGCGCAAUAUCCCAAUCAGAGUAUCUCGUUGGAUGUAUGAAGUUGCAACUGACCUUUGCCAAGGUUAUUAAGACUGAUUCUGACUGUAUAUAUUAUUACCUGGAAGGCAGUCUGAUUCAUUAACAUGUAAAUGAGGCUAUGAAAGAAGUGCCCCCGGAAGUGGAACGCCCAGUAGGCUACAUCAUCUACAACUUUGCAUGGAGUAGGCUUAAUAGGAGGCACGUGACUGUCCCCCCAUGAGAAGAAAUUAAUGGUAUCUCCAUCAUUAAUAAUUCAUACCAAGAACAGCUACUUUACACAUAAUAAAGAUACUGAAUUGCAAAUGAUGGGAAAGGUAUUAUGCCUGGUUGCCCUCGACUCAUUUUACACAUUUACAGAGUUUACUCUGGUUUCAUUUACUUGUUUGUUCUUGUGAGGAAAGAAGAAGAAAAAAGCAAUCAUUAAACAUAAUUGAAAGAAGUAACCGUACACUCACAAGGGGCUGCUUGACCUGAUAUUGUAAGUCCCCUGAAUGAGUUGUAGCACCGAGAUGUGGUGACCUCCUGUACCUCCGAGAAACAUUGUAGGAUAGCACCUUAUAGAUCUUUGAUAUUGAAUGUACUUGUAUUUUCCCAGCUGUUAAAGUUUGUAUGUAGGAUGAUCUUUACUCUUUGAGACGUAAAGUGCACUUUUUCUGCUCUUACUGUCCCAAACAGUCACCUCAUAAUUGUGAGAGUCAAUCGCUGUAGUUCUCUUAGAACCUUUUUAUUGUGUUGAGUUGUCAAGAAAUAAUAAUAAAAAAGAUGAUUUCAUUAAAAAGAAGAGGGCAAAGAUACCACAUGCUUUGUGAUGAUUUCGUGCAGUAAAGUGGUCAUUAAGUCAUUUGCCUGAUUUGACAAAACACGACUUAUUUCGGGCUCCAUCAAAGCAAAAUUAUUCAAAUCAUAAUCAGAUUUGAAAACCCUGCAACCCUUGACAGACUAUCCCAGAUGCUGUGAUAUAUGCUAUCAUUAUGUAAAACCUUGCUUUUAAAAUAUUUUACAAAGGUGGGGGGAGAAGCUGUGGUCAUGUGACCAUCACUGAUGAUCAUUGUUGUUUUAGGAACUUUUAACUUUAUCUUGGCCUGUUUUUUAUGAGAUUAAUUCCUGAAAGUAUAGUUAUAUUCAGUUUUUUUUGUUUAACAUGUGACCGAAUAAACAGAUGGUUUCCAAUGCAUUUUGCAUACAUGACAUUGCUUUUGUAGUUUACUUCAGCUGGUUUUGCCUCAAAUCUGUUAUCAAGUGUUAUAUAAAGUGGCAUGUGUGUCUGUAAAUAUUUUUGUGUGUGAAUAUACCUAAAGUAUACAUGUCUAUGUCAGUGUUGUAAAAGUCUAUGGAUUUUUUAAAGAUUUAACUUAGCAACUGUUGCACAUUUCAUUAAUGCUUUACACAUAUGCUGUUAUAAAUGAUUGCUCAUGAGUUGUAAAAUAAAUAUCUAAACUAAC